UAAAUAGGUCACGAGCCUUUUUCCCGAAUAUAGUUUACAAUUGAAAAGACGUUUUGUACUGGUAAUGACACCUUAACAUGUUAAGAGUUUAAGUAAAUUAGUCGUAGUUUUUGACCGUCUAUAUUUAAGUAUUUUCUUCUUCUUUUUGUGUUGUGUCCUCGCGGCGGAUGAACUGUUUCACUACGUUUCCCCGGGAAACAGCGCGCGGCUCGUCGGACUGUGGAAUUAAAACUAAUGUUUUACGUCUUUUUCCUCACAUUUUCCGGCAGUUCGUUAAAGGAACGUUGUUUUACUUGACGUUCUUGUAUUUUUGUGACUGUAACAAUCUUUGAAAUGCGACAAUUAGCCUUUUAAUUGUUGGAUUAAUGAAUAGUGGGUGAUGUAUGACUUUUAGCUUGUGGUUUUUGUUAUUUUCUCUGUCGUACACGUUUGACUUAACCCCAUUUUUAAAGUUGUCGUGUUUCUUAAAAGACAGUUUGCUCAGAACACUAAGUAGAUGACAUGGCAACUGGAGGGCCUCCUUUUGAUGACGGUGCAGAAGAUUUGCACAACUGGACGGUAACCAAUUCCAGCCUGGACGAUCGACUCAACAACAUGGAUUGGGGUGCCCAAAAGAAAGCCAACAGAUCUUCGGAUAAAAAUAAGAAAAAGUUGUCCGCAGUGGUGGUGGGAAGUCGCCUUACCAACGAUAUAUCCCCGGAGUCCACCCCGGGGGCGGGCCGUCGGAGAGCUCACACUCCACACUCUUUCCCCCACAUCAAAUACACCACCCAGAUGUCUGUACCUGAUCAGGCUGAGCUGGAAAAACUGCGUCAAAGGAUCAAUUUCACCGACAUGGAUGAGAGGAGCAUUGGCAGUGACUCUCAGGGGCGUGUCACAGCUGCCAACAACCAGCGGCAGUUCGCAGGAGAUACCAAGAAACCCCACAACUUUCUGCCUCUGCAUGUAAACACCAACAAGAGCAGAGAACUGCUCCACCCCUCAGCCUCGGCUCCCACCACGCCAGUGAUUUCCAAAGAAGUCAAGAAGCAGAGUCCUGGAUUGAGGGAGAAGUUAACUCCUGUGGUCCUCUCAAAAGAAGCUUUCCGGCCGGGAAGUGGCGACAAAGAGAGGAGGCUCCCAUCGCAGAGGGAAUAUGCAGAGGAAGAUGUAAAACUAGACAGCAGCCAGGUGGUAAGCAAACUGGUCCAAAUCCGGGACUACAUCAGUAAGCUCAGCUCUGUGAGGGAUGAGAUGGUGGAGAAGAAUGACGUGCCCUCUAAAGUGGAGCGUCUUUCGAGUUUCAUUGAACACCUCCGGGAAAAGGAGAAGUCCUGCCUGCGUUUGUUACAGAAGAUGCUGGCGCAGGAGGUUGAUGACUGUGAUCUGGGGACCUUAGAGUCAGCUGUUGGUUCUGGCUCUCUAGUAGAAAGUGCUUCUGUUAACAUUGAGGUUCAGUCUUCAGACGUUUCCAAUGCAACAGACGGCAGACCCGAGCCAGUGAGUGCUGACCAAAGGGAGGAAUUGGAGAACCUGCGUAAGCAGCACGAGCUGCUGAAGAAGAUGCUGGAGCAGCAGGAGCAGCUCCGAGCGCUGCAGGGCCGACAGGAAGCAUUAAUGGCCAUGCAGCACAGCGCUGAACAGGCUCUUGCUUUGACUGAAGACAACGUCGUCACGGAAACCACCGGCAGUAUUUCGGGCUUAAGUAUCACAUCAGAACUGAAUGAGGAGUUGAACGAGUUGAUUCAGCGCUUUCACAACCAGCUACAUGACUCUCAGACUAAAGCCGUGCCGGAUAACCGGCGUCAGGCUCAGAGUCUGUCGCUCUCCAGAGAGGUUUGUUGGUCCAGGGCUCCCCAAGCUGUCGGUCCCCCUCAACACAGGCCCCUCCUUCACUCCGCCUCUGGUCCUCAUGCUGGUUUGGACGCUGGAGCAUCAGCCGCCAGCGCCAAACUCACCAAGCUCCAGGAACUUCAGGACAAGAAGCAAACCAUGGACAAGAUUCUAAAAGAGCUGCAUUCACUCCGUGACCAAACGUUAAAUAAUAACUCAUGUCGUGGCUUGUCAGCACAGCAUAGUCCAGGAGCUCAAGGAUCCUCCGAGUGUCCAUCAUCUUUGUACUCUAACGGGGCUCUGGCUUCCACUUCCUUCCAGCCUUCAUUCUCACAGCAGCAGGACGGCUCCAACUCCGCUGACAAGCUGAGGAAGCUAAAGGAGGUCCAUAAGCGUCUGAACGAGCUACGGGAAUUAGUGCAGUACUACGAGCAGACCUCUGACAUGAUGGUGGAUGCAGUCAAUGAAAACGUGAAGGAUGCUGAUGAGGAGGAGGAAGAUGAGACGGAAGAAGGGUCCAUUUUUGAGGCCACGUUUGACUCGGAACAGGAAAAUCACGAACCUGUAACCAACAUCAGAAACUCUCAGCGCAGCAGGAACUGGACAGACCUGAAUAGUCUGGCUAACCGCUGCAGCAUCAGGUCUGCCACCAACAACCAGGACAGCAGACUCAACACUCAGUGUGAGAUCAACAACCGAGCGGCAGCCAAUCUCCACGCUCUUAACAUCCCAGCGGCCAUAGAAUGUCAGUACAACAGGGACAUCCCUUAUGGUGAAGAGAGAGAGGACGAUGGAGAAGUGGAGCGCGCUGGUAAUGAUGAAGGAGUGCGGGUGAUGGUUCCCGACAGUGUUUCAGAGUCCAGUCGGAGGAGCAGCCUCGGGAACGAUGCAGGAUUUUCCCAGAAAGUUCAUCGGCAGUCAGCCAAACAGAAACUCCGGCAGCUGCAGGAGCUGGUCGCCAUGGUUCAGAGUGAUGACACUGAUGGAACCACUGCUAAUGAGGAUGAAGCUUUGCACCAGCAGCCAAAUAACACCCGAGCAACGUUUGGAUCAGGAUUGAAGCAGAGAGACCACGCUCUUACCAGCAAGGCCAGGGAGAAACUGUACGAAGAGAAGCUGCGUCAGCAGAAGGAGGAAUUGAAGCAGCUGCAUGAAGAACGCCAGCGACUCAUUGAAAUCCAGAGCAAGAUCCAGGAUCUGCAGUGGGCUUGUCCUGACCUUCAGUCAUCUGUGUCCAGCACGGCGAGCCAGCAGGGUUUGCUGAGGAAGGCUCCAGUGAUGGUCUCCACUCCUGCGGCUGUGAAAGUCUCCUCAUCUGGACAGAAAACCAACCUGGCUGUUCUCAAACCUGCCGCUCCAGAGGCGGCGGCGGCGGCGGCUGCUGCUGCUGCCCCUGACACAGGGCAGCUUUGGUCGGAAAUGCGUCGGCGGCAGAUCAUGCGCGAGGACCUGCGACAGCGCCGAAAGCACCUCGAGUCAUUAAUGGCGGAACAUCAGAGGCGAAAUGGUUUCGCCGACUCGUCCUGUCCAAUUGACGACCAUGAAGAAAACGCUGCACCCUCACUGUCUGUCAGCAGGGAUGAAAGAACAAUGGCCACUUGGGGUUCCAGUCCCUGCCCUUUAGAUGACAACGAAGACGACGAUGAUGGCCACGACGCUGGGGAAACCGACGAGUAUCACUCAGAGUUGGGAGCAGAGGAUGAUGAUGAGGAAGAGGAAGUAGAAGAAUGCACAGAGAACAGCUCUGAUGACGACCUUCCCUUGUACUCGCCGAACAGGAACCAGUGCUCCUACAGCAACAAGAAGAAUCAGGGAAGCAAUCUAAAACCUCCAGCUGCCUUUUCUGGUGAGAAUGAUGUGCAGCUUCACAACAAGACAAAGACGAAGCCUCAGAGCAGAAGCUUGAACCAGUCCUCGAGUCAGCAUGGAGGCAUACGCCGGCAGGAGAACCUGCGCUGGGCCUCCGAGCUCUCGGUUGCAGAGGGUUCGACUCAGUGGCAGGAGCAAGUCAACCACUUACAGAGACAGCUGGACUUCAGCUCCAGCAUGUGUCAAACGCUUCUGCAGGACCAGCAGACGCUGUCAUUCAUGCUGCAGAGUCUGCUGACAGGUCAGCACAGCCUGCUGCCCAACAACCUGUCUUCUCCACAAGUCCACCUGGUCAUGCAUCAGCUGAACCAGUGCUACACCCAGCUGGCCUGGCAACAGAACAACAUCCAAAGACAAAAGCAGGUUCUGAACGAUCUCCUGGGGCAGCAGCUCCCGCCGUCCUCCUCCUCAGCAGCAGCAGCGGCGUGGCAGACGCGGAAACAGGGAUCAGCUCCAGAGUCCAGCUGUGCUCCCUCAUCCUCUCCUGGUAUUUCCCUGCCCUUCUCCUCCACACUGCAUCCUUCAGCCAACAACAUGCCAGCCUCUCCGAUGUCCCCAUUCCCUUCCAGCUUUACCUUAUUCCCCCCAUUCCCUUCUGCCAUGGGUGACUUCCUCCAAGAUUCUUUUGGUCCAACCACUCCUGAACAUCAGAAGCAGCGCCCGGACCCCAACACCUCCUUUAAGACCGAGUACAUGAGUUUCCCUCCUCCGCUGCAGCGCUCCCCGCUCAACACGGCCAAAAAAAGCAGACCAGCGGAUCGAGUCAACACCUCCUACACCAACAACAUCAGGCAGCUCAAGUCUUCUAAGCCGGCUGCUGUUGCUAAAGCGGAGCUGCAGGAGUCUCCUCCUUCCUCCCCUGCUUUUGCCAAAUCCCACUCCAGACCGCAAGAGUUCGACAAAGAGAGCUUCAGCAGUGUGCCAGACGUCAGUGAUCCCAAUACAAUUACAAAGACUUUCAAAGCUGGCCGCAAAGCUUCUGCACAAGCCAAUCUGGCUUCUCGAAGUAGGACUCCCAAGAACAGACGUAGGAGGAGCAAAGUUCACAACAAAAAUGGUCAUGACAGUGACAGUGCAAGCAGCACUACUGACUUUGCCCAGCAGAGGGCAGUGUUGUCUCACCACAGGGAUCCGAAUCAGAGUCUUCUGGACAAACUGACACAAGAAAAGCUGGACAGCAAGACGAAGCUCGGCAACAAACGAAAUGACAUCUCCUCUGCUUACACUUGGAGAACCCCCUUCCUCUCUAACAGAAUUGCAUGCACAGAAGCACCAGAUGCAAGCAGUGACUUCUCCCUGUUUGAAGCUCUCCGGGAGACUAUCUACUCCGAGGUGGCGACACUGAUCUCCCAGAAUGAGUCUCGCCCCCACUUUCUGAUCGAGCUCUUCCAUGAGCUGCAGCUCCUCAACACAGACUACCUACGUCAGAGGGCGCUCUACUCUCUGCAGGACAUAGUGACCAAGCAUCUGGAAGUGCGGAGCGCCGCUGAAGACCACCCUCCCCGCCUUGGUCCUCCAGCGUGGCCCGCGUGCUCCCAGUCCGAGCUCACGCCCAGUCAGAGUCUGUCCACCAGUGACGAAGAAGUGGUGGAGAAGAACUUGAGACACGCACGGGACACAAAGAAGAGGAAGGAGGACGCUGAAUCUGUGGACGACAGCAACAUGUCCACCUCCUCCAACCUAGAGGCUUUUGCUAAUGAUGACUUGGGAAACACCGUCAUUCAUUUAGACAAAGCUCUGGCAAGGAUUAGAGAGUAUGAGCGCAUGAAGCUCAAAGCCGAAUUUAACCCCUGCGAUGCCGAGCAUCCUCCUGCAAACGCUGCCGAGUCCACGGAAGGAGCUGCAGCCGGCAGCGUUCACUGCCCGCAGAUCGACACCCAGCAGCUGGAUCGACAGAUCAAAGCCAUCAUGACUGAAGUCAUUCCCUUUCUAAAGGAGAACAUGGACGAGGUGUGUUCCCUUCAGCUCCUGACCUCUGUGCGGCGGAUGGUCCUUAAACUCACUCAGCAAAACGAUGAAAGCAAGGAGUUUGUCCACUUUUUCCACAGACAGCUGGGUGGAAUACUACAGGACUCUCUUAGCAAAUUCGUGGGGUGCACACUAAAGGACUGUGGGGAGGACCUGCUGGUGGAGAUCUCAGAGAUCCUCUUUAAUGAACUGGCCUUUUUCAAGCUCAUGCAGGAUCUGGAUAACAGCAACAACUCCAAAAAGGCCACAAAACACAAGAGAAAGGCUGAAGGGCCCAGUAAACCAAAGCAUGCUGCUGAGGACAAUGCAGUCAGCAGCACUGAGAAAUCACUUGGUUCAGUGAAAACCGAUGAAGACAAAGAUCAAGAUGAGACGUUAAUGGACAGAACAGAGCUUUACAUGCAGACGAAGAACAACAGGAGCAGCGACGCUUCAGAGAAUGAGGAUGAAGAGCAAGGACUGGAAGUGCUUUUGUCAUUCAGUCUUUCCAAAGCAGAGAUUCAGGCUCUGACAAACUGUGGCAGCGGAGAAGAUGAGAACGAAGAGGAGGAGAUGGAAGAGUUUGAAGCCGGACCUGUAGACGUCCAAACCUCCUUGCAGGCUGCCGCUGAUGGGCAGGUGGAGCAGGGGGCUGGCAGCAGUGAAAUCCAGCUAGAAAAUCCAAAGCAGGAGAGUUUGGAGAAUGAUGAAGACGCCAAUAGAUUGACUGGAACUGCCAGCUCCACGUUAGAGGGAAAUAUUAGCGAGCAAAGCCAGAUUCCUGAUGAGGAGGGCAAAGCUGUUGCAUCAGAAAGAGUCUCUGCUCCCUCCCCACCUCAGAAUGUCCCCCGGGAGUCAACAACCACCAGUAGCCCUGACACAGACUCCCCCGUCCUUAUCAGUGUAGAUGAAGCAGGAUCUGGCAACACGAGCCAUAAGUCUGAUGAGGACGACUUUGUGAAGGUGGAUGAUCUGCCGCUGCAGCUGACCGUCAUGACCGAGGAGGAGCUUCAGAAGAGAAUCGUGGAGGAGCAGCAGAACAACAACCUCUCUAUGGAGAUCCUCAAUGACAACACUGAACUGCUGACUGAGCUGGUGGGAAAUGCACAGGCACUAAAACAACCAGAAAGCAUGGAUGUCCAGAAUGAGUGAAUGAAAAACAUCUGACUGCUGUAUUUAGUAACACUAUGCUGUGUUUCCUUUUCUUAUUUGUUAGUUUAAAGAAGCAAAGUUACACACUUGUAGUCAUGAAUUAGCUGUUACAAUCGCACAUGCACAACUUUAAACAAAUUUAGUGUUUAUGUUCUUCUAAUUUCUGAAUGUUAAGCAAAUAUGAUCUGGAAAUUUCUCGCUGCUAAUCAACCGUUGCGUUUCUUGGAAUGCCUGUUCAGAUCUGCCUUAGACUUCUUGCCUCUGGGAUCAGUUUGACACGAUUGUUUUUGUUCAACUCGUCUUGCCUUAUUGUUACGCACCACUUCUGUUCUUUACAUGGAUGACACUACAGCCAAGGUUCAGCUGGUGUUCCUGGUUUCUUUCCAUUUAGCUUUACCCAUCCAGGUAGAUGUAUGUCCUGAAGGUCCCGCUAAAGGUUAGCUCCUCUUCAUCUUCUUCACUGUAGUCAACAUUUUAUUUUAAUCAAUAAAAUAUUUGAACUUUUAGAAAUGA